CGGAUGUAAUGAAACGGUUGCGGCUUUUUUGGCUGUAUAUUGUAUAUUUUUGUGUAAACAAUUUGAUUUUCUUUACAAGCUCGCAAUAAUAAAUACGUUUCACUAAUGAAGAUGAAUGCAACAAGUUUGUAUGUUUCAACGUGUCGGUUAAUUAUCCUAGCCGAUGUCGCCGACAAAUCUUCAUGGACAGAUCUUUUUCGAUUAGUUCCUUAUUUACGCCAAUCUUUAUCUUGCACAGUUUGUGGCAAUUUGUUAAAGGAGCCUUAUACACCAUCAAGCUGCCAACAUCAUGUCUGCAAGAAAUGUAAAGGUGGUAGAAAGAAACUGAAACCUUCUUGUAAUUGGUGCAAAGACUAUGAAAUAUACGCCGAGAAUUUGCAAUUACGAAUACUCUUACAGUGCUACAAAAAGCUUUGUGAAUAUUUUAUGGGGACUGAUGUCUACAAAGUAUUACUGGAAGAGGACGAAAUAGUCGCAGGUGUAAAUGGAGGCACUGUAGCCAGUUCUGGAUUGAUAGAUCUGAUACAAGAAGGGGCAGGGUUUUCUGAUGAUUAUAAAAGUACAGCAGGUCUCUCGAAGUCAGCAUACAGUAUACUUCCAUGUGUUUACACUAAUUCAGCAUCAACACAGACCCAAGGAGCAUCAUCUUCAAAUAACUCAGACAACUGGUCAUCCAGUAAAGAUUCUCCAAACUCAAGGUCUAUGUCAAAUGGAUCACCAAUGUAUUCUGUAAUGUAUGCCGGUUCUGGCAACAAAAUAACAAUAAAAAGAAAAGCGGUGGAUGAUACAGAAUCAACCUCACAAGGUGAAUCUAGUGGUAGAGAAAGUAAGUCAAGUUUAGGUUUCAAAAAGCCAUCAAAUCGAUCUAGAAGUUCGGCUAGCAGUAAACGCAAGGGAUGUCGAUGUGGGAAUGCUACUGCGACACCAGGAAAGUUAACAUGCUGUGGCCAGAGGUGUCCGUGUUAUGUUGAUAGUAAACCAUGUACUGAAUGCAAAUGUAAAGGUUGUAGGAAUCCACAUCGCCCUGAUGGCAUGAAGGUAAGACCACAUAUACCUCAAUUGGACAGUUUACAGUUGACUUUGAACACAAAUCCAGAUAGUUCACCAUCAUGUUCAGGAUCUAUGGACAGCUUGGAUACAGACACACUAACUAUAGAAGCAAUGGAAGAAUCUCUCAACUUCAGUGCAGAUCUCAAGUCAUCUAAUAUUAAAGUUUAUUCAAGUCAAUUACAAGAAGUGUCACCUUCACUGCCUGCCACAAUAAUGAUGGAUGAGGAUUUGCCGGGGUCACCAGAAGACGACCUGAGUUCACCGCAUGAGUACACAAUGGCAUCCCCACAUGAUGCACCAGACGACACUAUGUCUCCGCAGUCCGAACACCAUGAAGCCACUAGUGACAUUGAAGUCGAUGUAUGACAUCAAAUUUCCAUUUCUAGUGACUAGGAUACAAUCUCUGUUAAUAACAGGUCAAAGCUGAUGUUUAUAAUAUCGAUUUUUAUGCAACUAGUCACAUGGUGUCUCCAACUGUUCUUAGUCAUAAGUUUAAUGUAUUUUUGUUUUGUAAUUUUUAUGUUAUAUUUUUAUCAAUGACAUGUUAUAUUCCAUUUCUACUCGAAUAUCAGAUAAGUAUAAUUAUUGACAAUAUUGACAAAAAGUAAUUACAUACAAACACAGCACACAUAUAAGGAGUUUUCGGAUAUCAGAUGAUUUAAAGGGGUACAGUUUUGCAUGUAACCAAAGCCCGUUUCACUAGUUACUUUAGCAGUACUAAGGUAUGUUCUUCCUUUUAGAUAUUGAUGUGCAAUUAAAAUUUAUAUUAUCACAUUUCUUUUAAGCAUUAAUGAUGCUGUAAGUACUAUUUGAGUGUACUAGAAAAAAAUCCAUUUAUGAAUAGUGCACAACGAUAUGAAUCACUUUGUUGUUCGCGGUUUAAUCAGGGCCACAGUAAGACGGUAACAAAGUAGUACAGCUCGCGUGGUAGAAUGAAGGAUAGGAGAAUGUGGGAUAAGAGAGAACAACUCCUUACUAGCUGUGGUAUUAUUGUCAAUAGAAAGCUCAUAAAGACGCAAUGUUGUGACGUAGGUCAUUGUAGAUGCUUGAAGUUUCUUAGUUUAUUCAUCUCUCACAUCGUCAAUGAUGUGAUGAAGAAAAACAAAUGAAUUAAAAUUAUUAUCAAUAAUUUAGAAACAGAGCAUUUUAAAGGUAUAGGUAAUAUAAAGUUGUAUUUUUUUGUUAUUUUUAUAAACAUUUUCAAUCACAGAAUUAUCACGUUGUCGAUAUUUUGACGAAUUGUUCUCUACUAGCCUACAAUCCGAAAUUAAUGCCAAGAACUUGUAAAAGUUUGAAGAUGUAGAAAUUAAAUUAGCAAUAAUUGUUAAAUUUCCAAUUUUAUUGGUGGAUUUAUUUAUUCAUCGUAAAAAAAUUCGCAUAAUUUUAAAUCCAAACAUUCAGUCUCCCCACACUAUUGUCAGUUGACAUGAACUUACACAUCCUACUGAUGACUUAAUUUAAUAUGAAGUUUAUUUUACGUGUAUCAAAUAUCAAAUCUGUAAACAAUGAAAUUAAUUAUAAAAUAUUACUUUUAUCAAUAGUUAUGAAUUUAUCAUGAUCAAGAACUUAGAUAUGAAUAUGUUGCAAGUAUUAUUUCAAAUGUAAGCAUUGCUCAGAUUAAUUUACUUAAAUAAAAAUAUCCCAUUAAGUCAGAUGUACCAUUGAUGGUACUACUGACACUUUUACGUCACUAGUACCAUUAAAAAUAAAUGUUCGGAAACUCUCUGAAGUACCAUUAAUGGUACUACUGAGUACGUUCAUUGAUAUUUCUCCGACUAAACACGGGGGAAUAUAUUGUAUUUCUAAUGGUACCGUAAUAGCGUGUCAGGAGUACCAUCAAUGGUACAUCUGACUUUAGGGAAAAAUUGCUUUGUGGUUUUUGUAUCACUGAUACAUCAGCCGCUAGCGUGCCGUGCAUAUCAAGCACUCAAAAUGAAAUCUCACAAAACAGUGGUUACUAUUAUGAAUGAUAGAAAAAGUAGUCCAUAAAGGCAUAACAGCUUCACAUAAAAUUGGAGAACUUAUAGUAUACUUUAAGUUAAUAAAUAUCACAGCAACCCUCUGAAAAUUGUUCUACAUAUUGUUAAUAAUUAACUCAACACGUUUUUUUGUAUCUCACAUUGCAAAGUAGAGAUAUAGGUGGCUUCACAUUAACAUUAUAAUUAGAAAUUGUAUAUUAGAUAUGAAUAAAUACCUAACUUUCGUAACCACAAAUGCCAUUUGAAAUAAAUCAUAUUUUAAUAAUGUAAUAAUAACAUUAGAUUUUGAGAAUUAAAUAAUUUCAAAGAGCUGUGAUAAUGGAUCACCAUUGAUUGUUGCAUAUUUCUGUACUGGCAUAGUUCGUUGUGCGGAAUAAAUAUAGACUUAACGCUCUGAGUACAAAUAAAUGUAAUGAGAAUAAUACAAUUGAUGUAAUUUCGCUUUAAAUCUUAAGUAGACAAAUGAAAUAAAACCCA